AUGAAGUCUAUAAAUUUCAUUACUGGCAACAAGAACAAACUUACGGAGGUCCAGGCGAUACUAGGAGAUGCCAUAGAAGUGCAGAAUAAGCCUGUCGACCUACCCGAGCUACAGGGCACCAUAGAAGACAUUGCCCGCGAAAAGUGCAAAAAUGCGGCCAACGCGGUUAACGGGCCUGUAUUAACGGAAGACACAGCAUUAGAAUUUAAUGCGCUGGGCGGUCUGCCAGGGCCAUAUAUCAAAUGGUUCCUUGAAAAGCUAGGUCACGAGGGAUUGAACAAGCUUCUGUAUGCCUUCGAGGAUAAAUCUGCGGUCGCCGUUUGCACUUUUGCAUUUGCCGCCGGCCCUGGAGAAGAGCCAAUUUUGUUCCAAGGACGCACUGAUGGGAAGAUUGUCCCAGCUCGUGGCCCAGCGAAAUUCGGGUGGGAUCCUAUUUUCGAGUACCAGGGAACAACUUAUGCUGAAAUGGAUCCGAAGGAGAAGAAUGUGAUUUCCCAUCGAUAUAAGGCGCUUCAAAAAUUAAGACAGUGGAUCAUAGAGCAGCGACAGAAGCAGCAGCUUUGAGACGAGUCCGAACACGCAUAUGGUGGAGAUUUCCUCCCCCGCAGCUCGAGAACAAUUGCUUUCGAUCUCGUCAUCGGUUUCACUUGUCAACUCGACAACGAUUUCCUCGUCGUAAGACUGUCGCGCUUCGUCAAGCAGGACUUCAAAAAUUUCGGCAUCAAGGUUUUCCUGUAGUUUAUCUUCUCCAUAGCCUCUAUAAAC